UGUUGCUGCUUCAGUUAUUUGAAAUACGCGAGCGUGUAAAGUGCUCGAAAUACAGCUAACGGAGUAGAAAAGUACAAUCGCCCAAUAAUAGCUUAAGUGUAGUGCUCGCACUGUUUGAACACAUCCACUUACCUAAUUAACAAACGUUUAAUAAGUUAGAAAAAAAAUUAAGAAAACAAUGGCCAACGCGUUCUACGGUAAAUUGGUGAUCGCUGCGCUGCUUUGUGUGGGCUUUGCGAUGCUGAUCAACGCUCAGGAUAAACCCGUCACAGAUAUUUGUUUGGGCUGUAUUUGUGAAGCGAUUAGCGGCUGCAAUCGUACAGCCACUUGUACGGGCGGUGUUUGUGGACUCUUUCGCAUUACCUGGCCCUACUGGGCUGAUGGCGGCAAGUUGACAUUGAACGGCGAAUCACCGGAAUCAGAGACAGCCUAUUCCAACUGUGUCAGCGAUCCCUACUGCGCUGCCAAUACCAUACAAAAUUACAUGGUCAAAUAUGCACAGGAUUGCAAUGGUGACGGCCAAGUCGAUUGCUAUGAUUAUGCGGCCAUACACAAGUUGGGCGGUUUCGGAUGCAAGGGCGAAUUGGCUUAUAAUUAUCAGAAUACACUCGCGAGCUGCCUGAACCUGUUUCAGGGUUAAGUUCGCAAAACGAACAAAAAAAACAAAAGGAUGCAGGAGCAAGAAGCAGUUUAAGUGAUACGCAGCAAGCCAUACAUUUUUGCUUGUUUUGGUAUACCAUUAUUUUUAUUUUCAUUCCACGAGAAAAUGUGAAUUUUAUUAUUUUUAAACUAAUAUUACAAAAUAAAAUGAUAAAUAAAUUUAUUUCGAUAUAAUUAAAA